AGGCUCCAGUCGAGGGCCGCUCAGGGACGCGGCUUCGCUGCGCGCCGCCCCCGUCCUGGGGAUCCCCGCGGCGCGGCUGGCGCGAGCAGCCCCCACCCCCCGCAGUUAAAGCCGGGCGGCGGGCACCCGCUCCGCAGCCUCGGCUCAUGCGAAGACCCACUCCAGAGAUGAGGCGGCCCCCGGCGCACGCGCUGCUGCUGGCGCUGCUGCUGCUGCUGCAGCUGCCCCCAGAGCCCGCGGACGCCUGGUACAAGCACGCGGCGACCCCCCGCUUCCACACGGUGGGGCGCGCAGCCGGCCUGCUCCUGGGCCUGCGCCGCGCGCCCCCCGUGUGGAGCCGCGCCGUCGGGCCGGGCGCGCCUGCUGGAGAGGCGGCCGUGGCGGGGCCCGCCGCCCGCAAUGCGCGCUCGGCGCCCGGGAUCCCCGUCGCGGCGGUUCGCAGCCCGCGCGCCACCGCCUGGACCGGGCCGCAGCAGGGCAGAACCUCUGCGGAGCCCGCCGAGCUGCCUUGGACUUCACCGAGGGCCGCCGUGCCCCUGUCCUGAGCGCUGUCCCUGCCCGCCACCCGUGAGCACUCAAUAAAGC